AUGGCGACGAAUAAAGCUGAUGAUAAAAAUAAUGAUAAUGAUAAAUGUCACGAUGAUUCUGAUAAUUGUGAUCUUGAAAGUAAUGGCGAUUACAACGCUGAUAGUGAUGCUGAUGAAGAUAACAAUGAUAAUGUCAAAAAUGACAGCGAUACAAAUAGAGAUAAUGGUCAAGAGAGUUUGGGUACUGAUUUGCUGUCGAUUCUGAUGUUGUUCAUAGAAAUGACGUUUACAAUAAUGGUUAUAGGGAAAAUGAUAAUACUGAUGAUGAUCAUGAUGAUCAUGUUGUCGAUCGAAAACAACUGUAACGACGACGAUGAUGAUAAUGAUAUUUAUGAUGUUGAUAAAUACAACUGUAACGACGAUGAUAAUGAAAAUGAUAGUUAUGUUGCUGAUAAACAAUAUGAUAGUAAUGAUGACGAUAACGAUGAUAGUGAUGCUGAUAUAGAUAACGAUGUUAGCGAUGUUGAUGAUAAUUGUCCUAAUAAAGAUGAUGAUAAAGAUAGUGAUGUUGAUAGUUGGCUGGUGAUGUUGAUGAAUGAUUUGGAGAUAUUAUUUAUGAUGGUUGUAAAGAAACACGAUGAUUUUGACGAUUGUUACUCCGAUUUUGAAAUUUGUGACCGUGAUAGUAGUGAUGGUGACAAAAAUAAUAGAGAUUAUGAUUUAGAUAAGGAUAAAGACGAUAUUGACGAUUAUGAUACUAAUUAA